GGUGCAGUUCAGAUCUUGGCGCGGUCCUUCGCUUACUCGGCCGCGGAUCAAGCGAUCAGGCGUGCGGUCCACAGUUUAAUUAUCGCCCUCUCGGUGACGCGCGAGAAAGAUCGCGAGAUCGCGCCUGACAUUGACAUUGGGGAGAGGCCACCGUUGUUGCAGCCGUGCACCGAGCAGUGGGUGUGGUUGGCGAGGCUGUCCGCGCGUGACAGGCAUCAUCAUCAUCAUCAGAAGUGUUCGUCUCGAUCGUCCAAAAGUGUGCCCAGCACGUCCACUCGUGACGCAUCACCGGGAUUCGACGCCCAAGCUACGAUGCCAACCGCUUUGGCACGCAGCAGUACAUAGUGUCGUGCCCGGAAGCUUCCGGAAAAUUACUUUCCCACCUACACCGCCCACGCACAUCGUACGGCGUGAUGAAAAUGCAGCGAAUGAAAAGUGUCCCACCGUUCGGCCAGCAGCAUCUGUUGGCGCUAGGAUCGUUCUUAGUGAUCGCAUCCAUCCUGUUGGCAUCGUGCGAACGGGUCUCGGCCAACGGGGGGGAGUUUCACGGGAUUCGACGUGCCAAGUGUCAGCAGGGUCGCGAUCGUACCCAGAUCUACGAAGGAGUCGAUAAUGUGCUAAUGAAGCGGCUUCAAGCGCUGCGCACCGAGAUGCGCACAAGGACCUCAACGCAGAGCGCGGAGCUGGACGCGUAUCUGGUGCCGUCGUACGACGAACAUCAAUCUCAGUACCAGAUGGAGUCGGAUCAGCGGAUAAAGUUCUUGACCGGCUUCAGCGGGACCGAGGGUGCGGCGGUGGUGCUGCUUCGGUCGGCAGCCUUCUGGGUGGACGACCGGUACGUGGAACAGGCCGACCAGGAGCUGAACUGUGCCUGGCGGCUGUUCCGGCAGGGCGAGCGCCCGUCGAUGGCCGAGUACCUGUUGGCGGAGCUGACCCCCGAAACGCUGGUCGGUGCCGACCCCCAGCUUAUCCCGCGCUCCCAGUGGAAAGCCCUCGAGACGGACCUCAGCUCCGACUACAUCCGGAUGGUGCGCAUCAACCGCAAUCUGGUGGAUAUGGUGUGGGGCAGUAAGAGGCCUGCCCCGAAGUCGAACCAGAUCCGGGUACAUCCGGUCCGGUUUGCUGGCGAACGGUGGGAGGCCAAGGUCGCGCGGUUGCGGGCCAACCUCACGGCCCUGCGCUGUGACGGGAUGAUCGUGGUGUCGCUCACCGAGAUUGCGUAUCUGUUGAACCUGCGCGGCAGUGACAUUCCGUACGUUCCCGUGUUCAAGGCUUAUCUGCUGGUCACGCACCGGGAGCUACUUCUCUACACCAACACCAGCCGCGAGACGCUCAGCCUGAAGAACCAUCUGAAGGCGCACUCGUGCCACAAUGAGCACUGUGUCCAGGUGCGCGAGUACGGCGACGUGUGGCGCGAUGUGCGUACGAUGGCCCAACAGUGGCAGCGGCUGCUGGUGCCGAGUGCCGUCGUGUUCGAUACCGGCGCCUCGGAAGCGAUCCACGCGACACUUCCCCGGAACGUCAUCUUCGAGCGGCCAUCGCCCAUCAUCUUCAUGCGGGCACAGAAGAACGACGUCGAGAGGCAGGGCAUGCGACGGGCGCACGUACGCGACGGUGUGGCCAUGUGCGAGGUACUCAGUCGGCUGGAGGAUCGCUACCUGGCCGGUGACCACAUCACGGAGAUGUUUCUGGUCCGGGAAAUCGAUCACGCCCGCAAAAUCCAGAGCAACUCGGAGGGUACAGCGUUCCCAACGAUUGUCGCGUUUGGCACGCACUCGGGCCUCCCCAACUAUGUGCCUUCGAACCGCACCAACAUAGAAGUGGGCGACGGCAUGCUGCUGAUAGAUUCCGGCGGACAGUACGAGGACGGCACAACGGACGUGUCCCGUACGCUGCAUCUGGGCGAUCCGUCCGCCGAACAGAUCCAGGCCUAUACGAGCGUUCUGAGUGGCAUGAUCCGCCUGUCGAUGCUAACGUUUCCGGAGAACCUAAAGCCGGCCGAGCUGGACGCGAUAGCCCGGGGACCGGUCUGGGGCUCGAUGAACGAUUAUCCGCACGGCACCGGACACGGUAUCGGCUCUUACUCGGCGGUCCGUGAAUCUCCCAUUAGCAUCUCGUAUACGACGAAGCAGCGAUUCACCUUCAAGGAGGGCUACUUCUUCUCGAAUGAACCCGGCUACUACAAGAAGGGAGCGUUCGGUAUCCGAUUGGAGAAUGUGCUGGAAGUUGUAGACACCGGGAAAACGCAUCCGUCGGGAAAUAAGUUUCUCUCCUUCCAGGAUGCGACGCUCGUGCCCUUCGAACCGAAGCUCAUUGAUCGCACUCUGCUUAGCGUGCCGGAGAAAAAAUGGCUGAACGAAUACAAUGCCCGCAUCCGGCAACAGGUCGGUGACGAGCUGAAACGGAAGCACAAAAUGGAUGCCUUCUACUGGAUGAUGAACAAAACCCGCCACGUUCCGGAGUACCUUACCGAACAGGACGUGCACGGUACCGCCAACACACGCCAUCUCGACUCCAACGUGAAAAUCGCGCUACCGAUCAUCUUGCUACUUGCAAAACUCACUCUUGCCUGGUUUUAAUGAAGCCACCGCAAACGCAAUUCGCCAGCAAGGAAACCAAUCCCAUCCCCUUUUAACGUGCGCUAAACCUUAUUUUGAGUCUUAAUCGGCACCCUUGAGACGCUGUUUUGCGAUAAUGUUUUCUGCCAUAUUUUGCAUCGUGCUACACAAACAGAGGAUUCGCACGACAGUAGAAGCGCACAACGGAUCGUUACAGAUGAAGCAAUAGUUGUUAAUUGGAAAAGCACGCACACGAUCACUCGCACAAAUCGAGAUGAGGAACAUUAUUUACAAUCGAUUUGCACCGAC